AUGAAUGGGAAGGGAAGCGUCGGUGCACCCAUCAAAUGGAAAAUUGCUGUCACCGUUCUAGUCUUAUUGUGUGUCGGUUUGCUGAUAGCUCUCAUCGUGGUUGCGGUAGAUUUCACCCAGUACAAAAAGAGAUAUCCAAACAAACUGAAAACAAAUUCGUGCGCCGAAAAAACCCUCGAAUUUGGUGAAGUACCGAAGACUCAAAACAUCUUUAACGAACUUUCCCGCGAAGAAUUAAUCGCUGCGAGGAAUUUCAUGUUAAAACAAUCCUCAUUGAAACUAAAGAAGAUUGAAAACGCAUCCGUGAAGGAAAAUUAUAUUUUCAUGAUCCAGAUGUACCCGCCUGCCAAACAAGCAGUCCUGGAUUAUUUAGAGAAAGGCAGACCGCAGCCUGCCAGAAGAGCGCUUGUUGUUGUUUUCGAAGGUGAUUCCAACCCACCAGUGGUCCGAGAGUACAUUGUAACAUGGCCGAACAGCACCGUCAAGGAAAUGACGUACGAAGAACGCGGCAAUCCUCUUGAGUUCAACGUUCGCCCUUAUGAUCAAGUACAACACAAGGCCUUAGAGAAGAUUGUUAUAGAAGCCACAACCAAGCUUUUUAAGAUUUUAAAUGACAGUUAUGAUGGAUACUGCUAUAACAACUGUACAAACAGGCUGUUAAAAUUUCAUCCACAGGGACCCUUUGGUAAAAAUAGGAACGAACGAACAACGUGGCUGCAAUUCACUCGCGAUCUAGAAGGGGAAUCGCUGAACCCAGUUGAUUUUCAACUCUACAUAAAUUUUGCUGGCGCGGACGUGUCGAAAUGGAAAGUGGACAGAGUGUAUUACAAUGGAUUCGCAUUCAACACCGUCGACGACCUUUUAUUUCAUUAUAAUAAACCGUCAGGUAUUCAAAAAUCGUUCAUCCCCGCGCCAAAACCACCUCUAUUUUCAUCAUACGAAAAUCGUGGAAGCCCCCAGUCCCAGAGUUCCAGGCGAGCCCCGAGGAUGUUUGAGCCUGAUGGGAAAAGAUUCCUUGUCAGCGGUCACCAUGUUAAGUACAUGAGUUGGACCUUCGACUUUCGAAUGGAUUCAGUUUCAGGCCCUCAACUCUACGACAUUCGAUUUAAAGACAAAAGAAUAAUCUACGAACUCAGCUUACAGGAGGCCAUUUCAUUUUACACUGGCUACUCCCCAUACUUCAGGGUCACCAAUUUUGUGUAUGGUGGAUGGACAAUGGGUAGGAGAUCUUUAGAACUAGUGGCCGGCGUCGACUGUCCAGAGACAUCCAAGUUUUUCGACACGCUGCAUUUCGUGGACAUCAAUGAACCGGAAGUAAUCAGGAAUGCGGUAUGCGUUUUUGAAAUGGACAGCGGUAUUCCACUGAGGCGCCACUUUGAAGCAAUUGGAAAAAGGUUCCGCUUUUUUGAAGGAAUGACCAGUCAUGUGUUAGUAAUUCGCACCAUUGCCACUUUGCGCGGUCAUGACAACGUCUUCGAUUUUAUGUUCUAUCAGAAUGGCGUUGUGGAGGUAAAAUCGACACCCACCGGCUACAUACAAACAGAGAACGGCCAAACAAGCCUCGAUGAUCCAUACGGGCAAGAUAUUGAGAAUAAACUGCUAGGAAACCUACACGAUUACACAUUCCAUUACAAAAUAGAUCUUGAUGUCUAUGGUACCUCCAAUUAUUUUGAAAAAAUCUCAAUCAGUAAAGACGACGAACCAAAUAAAUGGCUUCCACCGCAAAGAGAAAAUGUAAUAGUAUUCCGCCGAGAACAGCUAAAACUGGAGCUUGAAGCAGCGAUUGAGAACAUCGACUUCGGAAAGCCAACUUUUUUUAUAAUGUGUACAGUAAUGAAAAAAACAAGUUUGGCGUAA